AGACGUUCUCGCGCGUUCGCAUCAACCGAUCAAGCAACCAACACACCACCCAACCACCCAGCCACCCACACUCAUUCAUUCACCAACCGGUUCGCAUGACAACCAAAGAAACAUACAAGAGAGUGAGAGCCUGAGAAAGAGAGAGACGCAUUAAGACUAAAAGACGCUACGGCGGCUGAAGGGAAAAGGAAGACACAGCGAAAUGCAAAAAGAAAUGAAUUAAAUGUGUCGAAUAGUAGAGCCAAAUUACUAUUCAAUUCAUUAUCGUGCCGCAGCUCGCCGUGAACUUGUCGUCGUGAUUAAUGCUGUACGAGCUAAAGAUAUACAAGAACUACAUGCACAUGCACAUGCAAACUGACAAGCACAUACUCAUACACAUACUCAUUUGUGGAGUGAAGUUGAAAACGGUUAAACGGUAAAGCGUGUCUCCAUUAAAGCAUCGUUGGCGAACGGAAACGGUUAUCGGUUUUUGCCAUCAAAUAUAUUUUGAUACGUUUUGAGUGUUCUCGCAAAUAAUAAAAAUACGUACGUGCCAAAUUGUGUUUUAUUGACACAUGUAUUUUGCAAUUUUAUAUGCUAUAAAAUGUUUAUAAAUAAAAAGUCAAUAUUUAAAUAACACAAACACACGCACGCAAACCUCUAAAAAAGAGAAAGACGGCAAGCGGAACGCAACGCAACGAGCACAAAAAAGAAAAACAACCAAAAAGCAACUACAAAAUUUGCCAACAAACUGACAAUUAAACCAAGUAGAAAAAAAAAAUAGCGCACUUAUGUCUAAUUGUGUGAGUGAGAGUGUGUGUGUGUACUGAUCAAUUCUCAUGUGCACUGAACACCAUAAUUAAUCAACAACAACAAUAAAACGCUAUCAGCAUCGUCAUCAAUAGUCAGCAUCGGCAACCAACUGAAACGAACUGCCAGACAUUGCUUGAGAGCAGUGCGAAGUGUUGAGGCGUUGAAGAGCGAAAGUUUCUUUCGAAAGGAAUUUUAUAACUUCCAGUCUACGCUCUCGCCCGCACUCUCUCUUUUAUAAGUGCUUCGCUCGCUCACUCUUAUGCUGCUCAGAAGUGUUUUUGUUGUUAAAGUAUUUGGCAAAAAGCUAAAGUUUUGAAAAUUUUACAAAUCCACAUAAAUAUCAAUUUAAAACACAUAUACGUGUGUGUGUGUGUGUGUGCUUGUGUACGUGUAUGCAGAGAGAGAGAAGGAGAGAACUAAGUGCACAUGCGUUCCACUUGCGACGAAGUGCCGCUUAAGCCGCCGCGACGCCAAAAGCUUCAGCUUGAACUGCCGCUGCUCGAGCAAAAAGACAAGCAACAGCAACCGCAACAGGACAAAGAGAGCGAGUGCAAAAAGCGUACGCGUGAUCCGGUUCAGCGCGCAGAGAGCGAAAAUUUGUUACCUCUCAAUCCGAAGAGUAUGUACUCUAACCUACGGUAUGCCCGCACAAAUCUCAGCCACAGCAGCCUGCUGCUUAAUCAUCAGCAGAGCUCGUUCGAUGGCAGCGCGCCCACUUCGACGGAGCGCACAGAGAGCAGCGAGACAUUGGACACACCGUUAACCCGGGACUCGGACAGAGAGGAUGGCAGGCAACCGUUGCCCUCUGCUCGCCUUUUGCCCUGUGCGGCGAAUCGGAUUGAGACGAAACGCUUUGCUUUGGCAAGUGCAUUGCAUGCGACAGCUCGGCUGGCAGCGAGUGUGGAUGCCUAUACAGCAGCAGCGACUGCGUCGGCAUCGACGACGGCGACGCAUUGUACUGGCAGCCACUGUCAUGGCAGCGACUGCAGCAGCAUGUGCGACUCGUGUCGACCGCAACGGCAGGCACAGCAGCAGCAGACACAGAACAGCAACAAUUUCAGUCGUACCGCCCACUCGGGACCGAGUAGCUACAUUGGUUCGGCGCGCUUUCUCAACUUUAGCAAUUUGCAUUCAGCGAAUUCGCCGCACGCGAGCUCGCGCCGCUUCAACGCGCAUCUAACAUCCCAGCCGCCGCUGCCGCCGCCGCCGCCGCCGCCGCCGCCGUUUCCAUUACCAUUGGCAGGUGCAGGGCCAGCAGCUUCCAUACCUCGACGCAUCACCCGCAGCAGCAUGUCGCAGUCUGGCGAGGAUCUGCACUCACCCACCUAUCUGUCGUGGCGCAAACUGCAGCUGAGCCGGGCCAAGCUGAAGGCAAGCAGUAAAACGUCUGCGCUAUUAUCAGGCUUUGCUAUGGUGGCCAUGGUGGAGGUGCAGCUGGACAAGGAUACAGGUGUACCGCCUGGCAUGCUGGUGGCCUUCGCCAUCUGCACCACGCUACUGGUGGCCGUCCACAUGCUGGCCCUGAUGAUCAGCACCUGCAUCCUGCCCAACAUUGAGACCGUUUGUAAUCUGCACAGCAUCUCAUUGGUGCACGAGUCGCCGCACGAGCGCCUCCAUUGGUACAUCGAGACGGCCUGGGCAUUCUCCACGCUGCUCGGCCUGAUACUGUUUCUCGUGGAGAUCGCGAUACUCUGCUGGGUGAAGUUCUAUGAUCUGAGCACCACGGCUGCCUGGUCGGCCGUGGUGGUGCUGAUACCCGUGAUGAUUGUCUUCCUGGCCUUUGCCGUUCACUUUUAUCGAUCGCUGGUGACGCACAAGUACGAGGUGACCGUCUCUGGCAUACGCGAACUGGAGCUGCUCAAGGAGCAAAUGGAGCAGGAGCAUCUCGAGGUGCACAACAAUGCGCGCAACAAUGGCUUCAACUAUGGCGCCUCUGGCGACAUUGUAUAGUUGACCCCAGCCACACCACAAUAAGGAAAACUUUUGUAAAAGACAUACAUGCUUAAACACACACAUAGAUGCAUAUAGACAUACAUAUAUAUUAGUCCGUUAAUCGGACCUUAGACUAAAUGCAAAAUAUUCAGAAUUGUGGAUUUGUAGCUAAUGCAAAUUGUGAUACGCAUAAGCAAUAUAUUAUGUUACUCUAAUAUCUUUUUUUUAUAUAUAUAUACACAUAACUAUACAGUACGAUAUAUAUAUACAUAGAGUAUGUGUACGACCGAAGUGCUUGCAGUCUAUAUACAUAAAUGUAGUCUAUAUGGUAUAAGCCUCCAUUAUCAGGCGCAUGUCUUAACGUUAGUUCGCUGUAAUUUAUACAUACAUAUAACAUAUAGUUAAUUAAAGCUCUUUACUUUACUAGACAAUAGAGACAAAUAACAACAACAAAAUACCCCAAAA